AUGCACCAGCAUCGCCUCGAGCGAGGAUCGCGCGGUGAUUUCCGCGACGCGAAGCCUGAUUUAUUCCGGCCUCGACGUCGUCGUGUCGGGAAGAAUGGAGAUUACCUUGUCGACGUAACUCGUGCCGUAAUGUGGGGUUCGUGCCCGGGGCUCAUUAUCUCGGUCGAGCAACACGACGUGUACGCGAGUUCUCGUCUCGACGCUGAGUGUCUCCUUAUUAUUGCCUCCGUUAAUCAUGCAUGUGGCUCUGAAAUGCUUCCUAAAGAAUCGCGAAUACCAGGCCCCGAUGCAGUCCGGGAUCGGGAUGCGGUGUCGGAUGGAGCUGCAAGUGGUGCUGGCCCUCGGCGCCGUGCUACGCAAGCUGGUCUCGUGAGCGCCGCCGUUUCCCACCCGCUUUGCCCGAAGUCACGAUGCCGCCGUCCGGAUCCUCUGGCGCGUGUGAUGAAGGCGUGCUGGAGGCCGUGUCCACAUGAUGGAGGUGAUGGAGCUCCACGGUUUUGCAUGGGCGACGACCGAAGGCCGUCGUUCGUGGGGGACAGGAAGGAGAAGGAAAACGGGGUGGCCAUCAGCAGACGACAGAGCGAUUGUCCGCCGCGUUCCCCAACCCGACCGACCCAGCCGACUCAUUAA